CCUGCUUUUCAUUGUCGCAAGAGACCUUCACCCAUCAACAUGCCUCCAGAAGUCGAACCGAAACCAAAGUCCAAACAUCGUAAAUCUACGUGUGCAGGUUGUCGUAGGAGAAAGUCCAAAUGCGACGGGAAAACACCAAAAUGCACAACGUGUAUAGCCUACAAGGACGACUGUCACUAUGACAAGCCACCGUCACUUGCAUACGUGAGAUCUCUCGAAGAGGAAAUUCAAGAAUUAAAAACACAACUCCGACAAGCCAAAACACAAGUCUGGCUAUCAAAGGCCAGUGCUCAGGACGAGAAGAAGGCAGUUGUUGGCGCUUCCCCAGUGAGCGAAACUGCAGGCUCGCAAAAUUCAAGUAAUUUUGCCUAUCGCAAUCGACAAGUGAAGUGGGAAGCAGACAUCAGUAUAGAUGACUCUGGCAGUAUUGCCUUUCAUAAUUCGACGUCUCCCAUCUAUCAGCCACCCUCCACGCAAAGCAACCGUUCACCCAUACCGCCAUCACACCCACAAGUCACCGGAAAUCCUCAAGAGGACCAACGUGUAAGACGAGAUCUUAUUUUGAACGCCAAUCACCAAAGGCAGAUUGAACCAUUUGCCAUCGCCAAUGGCGCUGCGAAAGCCAAUGUGCCCAAGGAAAUCUCCCAGGAGAUUCUUAAAUACCACUGGUGCUGGCAACAUCCGCUAUUUUUGAUUGUGUACAGACCAGCGUUUACGAGGGGUAUGGCCAUGGUUGACUUGAACACGCCCGAAGCCCAAGACCCACCGUAUUUUUCAGAAACCCUGUUGAAGGUGAUUCACGCACAUUGUGCUAGGUUUCUCAAUCAUGACAUUUACCAAGACCAGUAUCAUGACGUGUUGAGCCGACAGAAUUCGAUUGGGAGCUCAAUGAGUGCGUCAAGUUUCAUGCAAAGGAUGACGGAUGAAGCUCGUUUCGGCUUGGGUAUGGACAUACUGAAGAAGCCAACUAUUGCAACCAUACAAGCGCUUCUACAACAGUCGGCUCGUGAAGUCAUGUUUGGAAACAACUCGCAAUCGUGGACGUUCGCGGGCAUCGCGUUCCGAAUGGCUCUUGAUAUGGGUAUCCAUUUGCCCAGCGACCGACUGCAAUCUUUUGUGAAAAGCUUGACCGCCGAAGACAUCGAGGUCCGCAAGCGACUUUUCUGGAGCUGCUACACUUGGGACAAGAUCCUGUCCCUUUACCUUGGUAGAAUGCCUGGAUUCACGCCCAACACGGAAGAAGUGCCUGUGAAUUUCAUGGACGACUACAGCGACAACGACCUUUGGGCGCCGUAUUAUGGUGAAACCCCUCGGCCGGACGUUCCCAAUGCGCCCAACUACCAACCAUGUCCUGGAUACGUCGUGUCGUGUUUCCGGCAACUGUGCAAGCUCUGUGUCAUACUCAACGACGUAAUGCACAAUAUCUAUUCACCCGAAGCAGCCGCCCGGCGUGACAUGGAGGACGAAGAGCGCUCGACCGAAGCCAAAGCGGCAAACGAAGCAGUUUUCGUUCGGAUAUCGCGAGAUCUGCGUGACUGGUUGAUCUCUCUGCCUUCCCACCUGAGAAUCAACCCCGAUCAGAUGCCGUCCCUGGCACCGCCAGUCCAUAUCAUGUCACUCAAUCUGCUCUACCAUACGACAGUCAUCCUACUGCAUCGGCCUGUCAUACUCGGGGCGCGAGACGUCAACGCGCCCGGUUCUACGCGAUCCUACCAGAUCUGCAUACAAGCCACGGCCGCCAUCCACGACUUGAUCAUGUUGCAAGCAAACACGUUUGGGUUGUCGCACGUGUCGUAUCUCAACGCGUACAGCGCGUACAUUGCGGCCACGAUCGCCGUGUUACGGUUCGAGCGAGAAUGUCAACCUGGAGAGGACCAGGCGACGGCCGCACAAAGAAACGGGCUGGGUUUCCUGUUGGACGUGCUGCAAAAGACGGCCAACGCCAUGCCGGCCCUGGAGAGAAGCAACGCCAUCAUCAGGAAACGCAUGAAGGCCGUGCUGGAUCGACAAAAGGUGGCGAGGACCAACUACUCCAACGGCUCGACGCCUCCCAAGUUCACCAUCCCGACGCCGACGAGUCACCAGAUGGACCUGGCGCAACCGACGGCUUUCCAGGCCUUGUCCAACCCGGCCCUGGCGCACACGACGUUUUCCACCCCGGACGCCGCGAGUUCGUUCAUCGCCCCCAUGCCCUGGCAGUCCGGGAUCAGAAGUAGCAUCUACUCUGAGCAGCAAACCCAGGGGUUGGACGAUUUCUUGCCUGCGUUCCCGGGUCAGCAAUUCCCCGUCGGGUCCGAGCACAGCUUUGGAAGCAACGAAGUCGACUCUCAUGCCCGGACGGCCUUGUUGGGCUACAAUCUCGACCCGCAUCCUCGACUCAACUCGGGCGAUAUCGAUUGGACUUUUGUGGAUAAUUUUGAAAAUCACCACCAAGGUCGUCUCUAAGUUUUGGGGUUCUCUUUCUUUUCCUCCUUUAGCGAUGGUUUUAUUCCCUCCAAACAUCAGCAAGAAGUUUUUGACGAUCGUUUUUUGAGAUGACGAAAAGAAAGGGAAAUGCACAAGCAACAGCCAAAAAAGCAUCGGGAAUUUGUUCAUGUCAUUUUUCACGUCGGCAACAUACAGGAAAGGGGAUGGAAA